CAACAAUGUGCUUUGGGAUGGGAAGGCUGCCUCUGUCUUGGGGCAGGAAGCCCGAGGAGAUGAGAUGACGAGGGCGGGCGUGGGGGAGGCCAAGAACAGAGAGCUAAUUGUGUGUACAUAUAAGAGAAGAGUGAGGUAAGCCAGCCGAGCUGAGCGGGACGAGGCGGUGGAAGCCAGCAGAUGUGUACGCGACAGUCGGAGGGAGCGAGUCAAGUGUGUGGAAGGCAGUGAAAUGUGGACAGCGUGGAGGUUGAGCAAGAGGUGUUUUUAAAGCGGACUGGGAAAGGAAAAGAGGAGUCGAGGAGGGGAGGGCUGGUGUUGUGAGCGUAGCCUCCAGCCAGGAAAAGGGAAGGGCCAUCCAUCUGAAAAGCAGCUGGGAAACACCAUCGGGGAGACGGUGUGGCGACAAGAGAGGGGAGACCCGGGAGCCGUCCACCUCCAUGGGUUGCGUCCUGAGCUGGGAUUGGUGUGGGGAGGACGUGGCGCAAGUGGUCCCCGUGGUCAGGACCGCUUCUGUGAAGAGCAGGAGCCUGGAGAGGAGCGACAGCGGGAGGAUGAGAUUGAUGAAGUCGGCGAAGGGGGAGCCUCACGCCUUCAAGGAGAAGACCUUCAAGAAGAGGCGUCAGUGCAGCGUUUGUCACCAGAACGUGGACAACCUGGGCUCAUUCUGCAGAGUAUGCAAGACAACCACCCACAGGAAGUGCGAGGCAAAGGUGACCACAGCAUGCAUCGCAGCUCCCGCCAAUGACCUGCAACGCAGAGGGACAACUCCGUCUCGAAACAGCCAACACUUGGGCUCCACCAAGUCUUUGACGUACACCAAGCAGAGAAACACCCUGCCAAGGAGCUUCAGCGUGGACCGCGUGAUGGAGCGAGUGAUGGAGCGCCACUACGACUUCGACCUCACCUACAUCACGGAGAGGAUCAUCUCCGUCUUCUUCCCGCCCAAACUGGAAGAGCAGCGCUACCGACUCAACCUGAAGGAGGUGGCCGCCAUGCUCAAGUCCAAACAUCAGGACAAGUUCUUGCUCCUCAAUCUCUCCGAGAGGCGUCACGACAUGAGUCGACUGAACCCUAAGGUCCACGACUUCGGCUGGCCCGACCUCCACGCCCCGCCGCUGGACAAGAUCUGCGCCAUAUGCAAGGCCAUGGAGACCUGGCUGACCUGCGACCCGCAGCACGUGGUGGUCCUGCACUGCAAGGGCAACAAAGGCAAAACAGGAGUGAUCAUCGCAGCCUACAUGCACUACAGCAAGAUCUCUGCAGGGGCGGACCAGGCUCUCAGUACUCUGGCCAUGAGGAAGUUCUGUGAAGAUAAGGUGGCCUCCUCCCUCCAGCCAUCACAAAACAGGUAUAUCUACUAUUUUGGGGGUCUUCUGUCUGGAGCCAUCAAGAUGAACAGCAGCCCGCUCUUCCUGCACCAAGUUCUCAUUCCAUCCCUCCCCAACUUCCAAGGAGAAGGAGGUUACUACCCAUUCCUGAAGAUCUACCAGUCCAUGCAGUUGGUCUACACGUCAGGCAUAUACGACCUUCAAGGCAGCGGGGGAAGGCGACUUUGUGUGACCAUCGAGCCGGCGCUGCUCCUUAAAGGUGACAUCAUGGUGAAAUGCUACCACAGGCGAGCCCAGACUGCUGACCGGGACACGGUGUUCAGGCUGCAGUUCCACACCUGCACCAUCCACGGAGCACAGCUCUGGUUCGGCAAAGGAGAACUGGACGGCGCCUGCACGGAUGAGCGUUUUCCAUCUGACGCCACCGUGGAGUUUGUCUUCUCCUCCGGACCUGAGAAGAUCAAAGGUGGGUGCACUGAGAAGAUCAAAGGGCGCGAGUACCACAAAAACGACCCGGCUGUCACGGUGGAUUACAACACGGCGGACCCGGUCGUCCGCUGGGAUUCUUACGAGAACUUCAACCAGAGAUACCAGGACAGCCUUGAGGACAUCGCCCACACGAGAGGUCCUGUGGAUGGAAGUCUCUACGCUCAGAUAAAGAAGCGCCGAGGUCAAAGUUCUGGUUCUCUCUCAUCGACCAACGGCAGCAGCCCCGGAGCGGAGGAUAGACCCGAUCACUACCUCGCUCAACGUUCCGACUCCGCCCUCUCGGCCCAUUCCAGUCCUUUCAAUCAGUCAUUCAUGCACCCGGACCACCACGAAGACCCCGUACGUCCACCGCCUCCGACCAGGAAGGAGCGAGAGGAGCUGGAGCGUCUCCUGGGAGGCAUCGAGGGGAGCAGGGAUGCAGAGCGAGAGACGGCCAUCUUAGAUGACGGCGAUUCCUCACCUUCGGAACGGAACGAGACGCCCAGGCUGAGUCGGUCCUGUUCCUGCCGGGCAGGAUACCGGUCCCAGCGAUGUGCUGAACCCGGGUGUGACCGCACGCUCCUUAUGCCAAAUGGUUACUGCCUCGAUCGGGCGCCCGGUACCAACGGGCACCACGGCGCGACUCCUUCCCACAGCCCUAACCCGGCUUCCCCGCCCUCACACAUGGACCUGUGCCAGCACUACAGUCCACAUCCACAGCACUCUCUCCCACCUCCGGAUCUGGUGUGGGAUCGCCAGAGCAACCAGCAACACUUCCUGCACCGCUCCUGCUCGGAGACCCCGUCGUCCCGGCACCACUGCCCCUACCCUUCCCUCGACGCCCACAGCCACGCCCAUCACCACCCGCUGUCCGCACCGUCUCGCCUCUGCUACCGAGAGGACGACUACGGCCCCUACCAUCAUCUUCCUCCGCCUCACAGCCACCACCAUCCGCACGCCAAGUCCCCCGCCAACGCACCCUACCACGACAUAAUGCUAAUGGACGGGCUGCCGCCCCCUGGCUGCCUGUGCAGGGACUGCAGCAUCAGGAGAGAAGAAGCGGCGGCUUAUCACGGCUUGAGGCUCGACCGCGGCGACAGUUUCCACUGGGACCGAGAGGCGGAGCUUCAGCAAAGGGAGGCGGGCCUACGAAGAGGAGGAAGCUCGGAGAUCCACUGGGAGAGACGAGGCCGGGAGUUGUCCCUUCCUUGGGAGCGAGACAGGGAGGCGGAGCUUCAGUGGGAAAGAGAAAGGGAGGCGGACUACUGGCACAGGAGGGACGUCACUCCCUCCUACGGCCCACAGGGUCACAAUCACCCCGCCUUCACCUUUGACCCCUUGCCUUCAUGCCACCCCGCGUAUCCUGAGGCAUCGCGCUCCCACGCUCAUUCCCACCUCGACCUCAAGUACAGCAGCAGCAGCAGCGGCUACCAGACGCCCCGACAGGCGUGUCCGUGUUCACCGUACCAGCCGUCGCCGUCCGAGAGCCGGGGCUACGCCUCGGGCUACCAGUCCGAGUCCACUUCGCCGCUGCCCCCUUCCUCCGCGCCGGGGCCCUGCAGCCAUGGCAACGGGUCAGCUGAGCAUAACCACAACCACCACCGUCCACAUCCAGACUGCCCUGACUCACACUCUGACGGCCUUCGGAACUCCAAUGAAAGUGUUGGCUGGAGAGACCACAUCACCAACGGGUCCUUCAGGAGGGCCCACAGAGAUGGUCAGGGUGCUUGUUCCACCCCGUCCGACAUGUCUGGACCGUCCACGCCCGUCCACUCGAGCAGUCCUCUUCGCACGCAGGAAAGUCCCAGUCCUGGGAGAGAACAUGACGUCCGUAAAGCAGUCAUCAGCAGUGACUAUGUGGCCUCCCAACCUCAGAACGGACAUCAUUCCUCUGAAAACAUCGUCCAGCAGUCCUCAGAAAUCCCAUCAGUUACCAGCACUGACUCCUCAUCCUCGCCACAUGCAGCGGAUGGCAAACCGUCGCACUCCGAAUCCCACGACCACGGCACCGCGCCGACUGUCCCGCCCUCGACAACACAACGGCAGCACUGCAGCCAGGUGGCGCCGUCAUCAACACACAACACUUGUCUGGACUCUGUCGCCUCACAUCCAUCGGACCACCGCCACCAAACUCCCACCCUGGAGACUCCACACCCGUCCGAGGCCGCCGCCGUGCCGUUCUCGGCGUCCCAGGCGGUGUGUCACCCUCCGAGCCAGACUCAAGCCACCAACGCACAGGUCAAUGGAUGUUCUCCACCACCCCCCAAAAGCAGCCCAGAUACCACAAGUGCACCGACAUCUCCACAUCCAGCAGCUUCCGUCCAGCUCGCACCAAGUAGCACGGAGGGCUCCCCUGUCUCUGACAGCCCAGUUCCUGGUUUUGCCACGCUGGGUCGAAAGCUCAUGAUGAGCGGCUCUGAAGUCCACCACCACCACCACUUGGAGCACAAUCCCGCCGUAGACGGCAACAAGAGACACUGCUACUCCUCAGCACAGCUCCAGCCUCCAUCCACCUCCGGCUACUCCACCAUCUCCAUCCCACUUCCUCCCCCUCAGCCGCCCCUGCCUGAGAAGAGACACACACCCGCCCAGCCCGGGUCACCCAGUGAUGGGCCGGAGACGGUGAAGUCAGGCAGCGCUCAGCAUCAGCACCACGUCACCUUCUCGCCCACGGUGGGGGAGAUCGCACCCCUUGACAACGAUGUUUUCGGGUCCGAGGAGGAAAAUAGAGUCAGUGUGAAGUUUGUCCAGGAUAGUUCCAGGUUCUGGUACAAGCCCGGCAUCUCCAGAGAGCAAGCGAUCGCUGCUUUGAAAGAAAGAGACCCUGGAACCUUCCUGAUCCGGGAUAGUAAUUCCUUCCAAGGGGCUUAUGGCCUGGCACUGAAGGUGGCCACGCCCCCUCCUAACGUCAACAACCACAGCAGCAAAGUGGGCGACCCUCUGGAACAUUUGGUGAGGCACUUCCUCAUUGAAACGGGCCCUCGAGGAGUGAAGAUUAAAGGUUGUCAGAAUGAGCCCUACUUUGGGAGUCUGUCCGCAUUAGUCUAUCAGCACUCCAUCACACCCAUCUCUCUGCCCUGUGCACUGAAGAUCCUCGAGAAAGAUCUGAUAGGAGACGUGCAGGAGCUUCAGCCGGUGAGCAACAUCAGCACCGCCGCUGACCUCCUCAAGCAAGGAGCAGCCUGCAACGUCCUCUACCUGAACUCUGUGGAAACGGAGUCUCUGACCGGCCCUCAGGCCAUCGCCAAGGCAACCGAUGCGACACUGGGCCGCGGCCCUCGUCCCGCCGCCACCGUAGUCCAGUUCAAGGUGACGUCGCAGGGCAUCACGCUGACGGACAGCCAGCGCAGGGUCUUCUUCCGCAGACAUUACCCAGUGAACAGUGUGACCUUCAGCAGCCUCGACCCCAAGGACAGGAGGUGGACUAACACAGACAACACCACUGUUAAAGUUUUUGGUUUCGUGGCCAAGAAGCCGGGCAGCACGGCGGAGAACGUGUGUCACCUGUUCGCCGAGCUGGACCCCGAACAACCGGCCGCGGCCAUCGUCAACUUCAUCAACAAGGUCAUGUUGUCGCAGCGCCGGUAGAUCAGCUGAUGGGACCGUUUUCAAGACCCAAUAAUAGGAUCCUUACAUCUUUAAACAAUCCACGUCAUGGUCUGCUGGGCCUGUAUCACAAAGCUGCUUCUCUGAUUACGUCGCCAUGGUAACACGGAGCAUGGAGAUGACAACCUGCUGCUGUAGUGCAGAUUGAGUUCAAAGGAUCAAGUCAAUAAUACAUGUUUAGUCCGACAAUACUUGGCUACAGGAUAGAGUGUGAACCUCUAGAUAUAUCUUUAAAUUUCACAAAAGCACUUGACAGCUCAAGAAAAGAAGAAUAAUAUACAAAAUAGGGCUGGGCGAUAUUGGCUUUUAUUAAUAUAGCGAUAUUUUUAUGCCAUAUUGCGAUAUACGAUAUGUAUCACGAUAUUUUGCUUUGGCCUUGAAUGAACACUUGAUGCAGUAUGAUGAUUCUAUGUGUCUACAUUCAAACAUUCUUCUUCAUACUGCAUUAAUAUAUGCUACUUUUAAACUUUCAUGCAGAGAGGGAAAUCACAACUAAGUCAAUUGACCAAAACUGUAUUUAUUAAAUACUCUUCAUUCUCUCGCAGGUGAGUUUUUAAAUGAAAGAACAAAUUAUUAGUGCUGCUCCCUUUGGUAGCAACACUUCUGCUGCAUACUUUGCAUAUUGCUGUUGUCUGCUGAAUAUCUUCCCGCUUGAAGCCAAACCACCGCCAGAUGAUGGACCCCCUGCUGUUUUUUUGGGGCAUUAAUUGUUUUCUUCCUCCAUUUGUGAUCAGUUUCGCACCUUCUCUCUCUUGUAUUGUCACAAGCUCCGCUUGCACGACCUGCCUCAGCUAACGUUAGCCAUGCUGCUACCUCUCUGCUCGGCGAGAGUGUAUGACGCUACAUGCGCGACAGUAUGUGACGUAUGUGAGAAGGUGGGCUUGUUUUACGUCUCUGUGUAAAGGAGAGACAAGAGAGUGAGAAACGCCUGUAGUGUAAUGCCCGCAGCUAAAAGCAACUGCGAGAGAAUGUAUACUCGAAUAUUACGAUAGUCUUUUUCUAUAUCGUUUAUAUCGAUAUAUUGCCCAGCCCUAAUACAAAGGGAGGUAUGUUUUGUUAUUAGUUUUUAAGUAUCGGAAUAUGGUUAAUUUCUUUUUACACUUGUCUGACAGUCGGGAAUGUUAUUAAAAGUGACAUACAAUAUGUGAGUUUAAGAUAAGAGUCGAAUAUCGUUUUUAAUUCCAAACAAAAAAAAUCUGCCUUUUCUCUUUAUAAAGGUGCUUUCUUAAGGACAUUUUGACUGUUUGCAAUUUCACAAUUUCUGUGGGAAAUAAUGUAAAUGUUAAAUUGUAAAAUAUGUGACAACUACCGUAUUUUUCGGAGUAUAAGUCGCACCGGCCAAAAUGCAUAAUAAAGAAGGAAAAAACAUAUAAGUCGCACUGGAGUAUAAGUCGCAUUUUUUGGGGAAUUUUUUUUUGAUAAAACAUACCAAGAAUAGACAUUUGAAAGGCAAUUUAAAAUAAAUAAAGAAUAGUGAACAAAGGCUGAAUAAGUGUAGGUUAUAUGAGGCAUAAAUAAGCAACUGAGAAGGUGCCUGCUAUGUUAACCUAACAUAUUAUGGUAAGAGUCAUUCAAAUAACUAUAACAUAUAGAACAUGCUAUACCUUUACCAAACUAUCUGUCACUUCUAAUCCAUAAAUCCCAUGAAAUCUUAUACGUCUAGUCUAAUGGUUCUUAACCUUGUUGGAGGUACCGAACCCCACCAGUUUCAUAUGCGCAUUCACCGAACCCUUCUUUAGUGACAAGACAAAGUUAUAUGUUUUUGGUAACACUUUAGUAUGGGGAACAUAUUCUAAGUAACAAAGACUUAAUUUAGAGUUAUUUGGAAACUAGGGGAACAUAUUCUAAGUAACAAAGACUUAAUUCAGAGUUAUUUGGACACUAGGGGAACAUAUUCUAAGUAACAAAGACUUAAUUCAGAGUUAUUUGGACACUAGGGGAACAUAUUCUAAGUAACAAAGACUUAAUUCAGAGUCAUUUGGACACUAGGGGAACAUAUUCUAAGUAACAAAGACUUAAUUCAGAGUUAUUUGGACACAAGGGGAACAUAUUCUAAGUAAAAAGACUUAAUUUAGAGUUAUUUGGACACUAGGUGAACAUAUUCUAAGUAACAAAGACUUAAUUCAGAGUUAUUUGGACAUUAGGGGAACAUAUUCUAAGUAACAAAAACUUAAUUUCGAGUUAUUUGGACACUAGGGGAACAUAUUCUAAGUAACAAAGACUUAAUUCAGAGUUAUUUGGACACUAGGGGAAAAUAUUCUAAGUAACAAAGACUUAAUUUAGAGUUAUUUGGACACUAGGGGAACAUAUUCUAAGUAACAAAGACUUAAUUUUGAGUUAUUUGGACACUAGGGGAAAAUAUUCUAAGUAACAAAGACUUAAUUUCGAGUUAUUUGGACACUAGGGGAACAUAUUCUAAGUAACAAAGACUUAAUUUCGAGUGUUUUGGACACUAGGGGAACAUAUUCUAAGUAACAAAGACUUAAUUUCGAGUUAUUUGGACACUAGGGGAACAUAUUCUAAGUAACAAAGACUUAAUUCAGAGUUAUUUGGACACUAGGGGAACAUAUUCUAAGUAACAAAGACUUAAUUUAGAGUUAUUUGGACACUAGGGGAACAUAUUCUAAGUAACAAAGACUUAAUUCAGAGUUAUUUGGAAACUAGGGGAACAUAUUCUAAGUAACAAAGAUUUAAUUUCGAGUUAUUUGAACACUAGGGGAACAUAUUCUAAGUAACAAAGACUUAAUUUCGAGUUAUUUGGACACUAGGGGAACAUAUUCUAAGUAACAAAGACUUAAUUCAGAGUUAUUUGGACACUAGGGGAACAUAUUCUAAGUAACAAAGACUUAAUUCAGAGUUAUUUGGACACUAGGGGAACAUAUUCUAAGUAACAAAGACUUAAUUUAGAGUUAUUUGGACACUAGGGGAACAUAUUCUAAGUAACAAAGACUUAAUUCAGAGUUAUUUGGAAACUAGGGGAACAUAUUCUAAGUAACAAAGAUUUAAUUUCGAGUUAUUUGGACACUAGGGGAACAUGUUCUAAGUAACAAAGACUUAGUUAUUUGAACACUAGGGGAACAUAUUCUAAGUAACAAAGACUUAGUUUCGAGUUAUUUGGACACUAGGGGAACAUAUUCUAAGUAACAAAGAUUUAAUUUCGAGUUAUUUGGACACUAGGGGAACAUGUUCUAAGUAACAAAGACUUAGUUAUUUGAACACUAGGGGAACAUAUUCUAAGUAACAAAGACUUAAUUUCGAGUUAUUUGGAAACUAGGGGAACAUAUUCUAAGUAACAAAGACUUAAUUUAGAGUUAUUUGGACACUAGGGGAACAUAUUCUAAGUAACAAAGACUUAAUUCAGAGUUAUUUGAACACUAGGGGAACAUAUUCUAAGUAACAAAGACUUAAUUUAGAGUUAUUUGGACACUAGGGGAACAUAUUCUAAGUAACAAAGACUUAAUUUUGAGUUAUUUGGACACUAGGGGAACAUAUUCUAAGUAACAAAGACUUAAUUCAGAGUUAUUUGGACACUAGGGGAACAUAUUCUAAGUAACAAAGACUUAAUUCAGAGUUAUUUGGACACUAGGGGAACAUAUUCUAAGUAACAAAGACUUAAUUUCGAGUUAUUUGGACACUAGGGGAACAUAUUCUAAGUAACAAAGACUUAAUUCAGAGUUAUUUGGACACUAGGGGAACAUAUUCUAAGUAACAAAGACUUAAUUCAGAGUUAUUUGGUUAGGGUCAGGGUUAGAGGGUUAGGAUUAUAAUAAGGCCAUGCUGAGUAAGGCAUUAAUUAAUAAGUACUUAAUAAUGACUAGUUAAGAGCCAAUAUUGUACUAAUUUGCAUGUUAAUAAGCAACUAAUUAAUGGUGAAUAUGCUCCCCAUACUUAAGUGUUACCAUGUUUUUUUUACUGGUGCACAAAAUGAACCGUGCAUGAACAUCACCUUGUUCAGACAAGUAAACCAACACAGUGCAUAAACUCACAACAAAUAACACACCUGCAAAUCAUUCAGCUGUUGUCGUAUCCGUAAUACGCCGAUAGGGAGAAGUUUGUAUUUACACGAUGAGUCGGGUGUGUUUUGACCUCCGCUGAACCCCUGAGGCCGACUCACCGAACCCAGGUUAAGAACCACUGGUCUAGUCUCUUAUGUGAAUGAGCUAAAUAAUAUUAUUUUAUAUUUUACGGUAAUGUGUUAAUAAUUUCACACAUAAGUCAUUCCUGGGUGUAAGUCACACCCCCAGCCAUACUAUUAAAAAACCUGCGACUUAUAGUCCGAAAAAUACGGUCUAACAUUUCCAAUUGGAUCAUUUUGCUAAGUUGUCCUUCUUUCUCCUCAUCUCUCAUUUUUACACAUUUUGGAGAACCCCACAGAUGGAAGUGAAGCAGCUUUGUGGUACCACUUGCCAGAGAUGAUCAUAACCAGCUUGGUUAGUGCAUUUGUAGCAUCACAAACUAUAUUUACUCAUCAUAACCGACAGUAAACGAGACCAAAGACCUGUUAUAUAUCUAGUUGUUCCUUUCUCAGCGCACAUGCAGGAAGUGUGUUUCCACCACAGACUGUACUUAAGUCAAAGCUCUGACGACAAUCCUGUUUAUCUCCCCACUCACUUCAUGACAACAAACGGAGUCUAGUGAGCGCAUGUUACAUUCUUUUAAUAAAGUGUGUGUGCAGGAGGUGCUUUGAAAGUAUUUUAGGGACUUGGAGUGUCGCUCUUACUUAAAAGGAAUGUAAGUGAAACUGAGGACAUGAGGAAAGGCGAACAGUGUUAUUGUACAGAUCUUUUAGUGACUUUUUCCCACAUGCUUGUGUGUGCAAGUCACACGGCGGCCAAAAAAUGUACUUAACCAAAGAUGAAGCACUCUUUUUAUGAAUUAAUAAGCUUUUUAUCCAGCUAUAUUUUUGUACUUAAUGCCUCCUUGUAUCUCUGCUAUGCAUUUAUUUUAGUGAGAAAACACACUACGUUUAUUACAGCAAUAAUAUAUUGUGGUCUUUGUAUUUGCCUCUGUGUUGAUCUCUAUAUUAUGUAGUAAUAUAUUUCCACAAGCAGCUAUAGGACCAUGUAUGAGACAUACAGUAAAAAGUUCAAAACUGAUAUUCUGCUAUUUUGUAUGCAAAAAAAUAAGGAAGAAUAGAAUAAAGUGAUAAUGAUGUGGUACCUUA